AUGGUGCCCCGGCAGGACGCGGAGGCUUUCAAGGGUUCAUGGAAUGAGAUUGCGUGCAUUCUAGAUAGAGGAGCACCGAGAGGAGGUAUUGGUGGUGGAGUGAGAGAUGAUCAAGUUGAGGUUCGAGAGACUGUCUUCGUUCAAGGCAUACCGCCAUCAGCAAAUGAGCAGUUCAUCCACGACGUGUUCAGUACGCAAGGCGAUGUGGCUCGAAACGACCGUACUGGUGAGCCGCGCAUCAAGAUUUAUACGGAUAGAGAGACACACAACCCGAAAGGAGAGUGCACAAUCACGUUCAUUGAUGAGAAGACUGCCGAACGUGUCAUUAACGUUUACAAUGGUCAAUGCUUCCCGGGAACCGACCAACGCAUGACGUUGAGCUUCGCGAAAUACAAAGCUGACAAUUCACGAUUUAUGGGGCGAGGUGGAGCCGGGGGUGGUCGUGGGGGAGGAGGGGGAUAUGGUGAUCGAGGAGGUGGACGAGAUGGUGGGGGUAGAGGUGGUUAUGACAGAGGUUUGCAUUUUGUUCUUGUGGUUACGGUGGUGGUCGAGACAGAAAUGGACCGGAUCGUUAUGGUGAUCGGGAUGGUGGCGGAGGAGGNGGGACGGGGCGGGGGUAGAGGAGGUGGUUUUGGCGGGGGUGAUCGUGGAGGAGGAAGUAGAGGUGGGUUCGGUGGACGUGGAGGAGGCGGAGGUGGCUUCGGUGGAGAGGGUAGAGGUGGUGGAUUCGGAGGAGGCAGAGGAGGCUCGGCCGGGGGCAGAGACGAUUUCGGCGGGGGUGGCAGAGAUUUUGGUGGACGAGGAGGAGGGUUCGGAGGAGGUCGUGGAGGUAGUCGAGGCGGGGGAUUUGGUGGAGAACGUGGUAGAGGAAGAGGUCGUGGUAUGGGCACUGGUGGUAAUACGGAGGCUCGGCCGAAUGAUUGGAGUUGUGAUUCAUGUGGUAAUACAAACUUUGGUUUUCGUCAGGAAUGUAAUCGAUGUCACGCACCACGAGGCAGUGGCGGAGGUGCGAUGCCUGCUGGUGGUGGACCGAUGAUGCGUGGUGGCGGAGGAGGAGGGAGGGGAGGACGUGGCGGUGACAGACAUGCACCCUACUGA